AUGUUCGAGUUCGCUGUCAUCAAAGAUUGGAUGAGAUCACCACAAUGCUUGGCGAGUGUUUCGGAGCAACAAUUGAUGCCGGGACAAACUCCAGUCACAUCUGCGCUUGGAACCACUUGCUGUGAUAUUUGCUUCAUCAGCGCGGAGAGCGUCGACGUUUACUACUGGCCGGAUCCCGACGCAAACACAUCUUGUCUUACCGUUAUUGGAAGCGAUGUCAUUCCACCCCUCUAUGGUGCCACAACGGGCUCGGCAACAACGUACUGGGGAUGCACAGGUCAAGGUUUCUUUUCCGGGCCAUCCUAUGUAACAACUGCUCAACUUAUGAGUAUCGGUCCUGGAACCUUCAAUGAACCGUUAGUGGAUCCAUGGUUGGCGCCAUCCUGUGUUACGAAGGCUUCCACAUUCCCAAGCCCAAGCAUCUCCAUUGAAGCUCGCGGUUUCCAUGCAUCCAUUCAUGCCCGUGGCCACUCGUUGGUGCUUCCACCUAACAUAACCCAGAACGACGGCCUGCCAGCGAGCACUAUCGUGAUUGGGGGCUUCACGUUGUGA